AUGGCUGCUACCCAGGGAGCUAUCUCCAAGCGUCGCAAGUUCGUCGCCGACGGUGUUUUCUACGCCGAAUUGAACGAGUUCUUCCAGCGCGAGCUUGCUGAGGAGGGUUACUCUGGUGUCGAGGUCCGCGUCACUCCCACUGUGACCGAUAUCAUCAUCCGUGCCACCCACACCCAAGAGGUUCUUGGUGAGCAAGGUCGCCGCAUCCGUGAGCUCACCUCCCUCAUUCAGAAGCGCUUCAAGUUCCCCGAGAACUCGGUCUCCCUCUACGCCGCCAAGGUCCAGAACCGUGGUCUCUCCGCCGUCGCUCAGUGCGAGUCUCUCCGCUACAAGCUCCUGAACGGUCUUGCUGUCCGACGAGCCUGCUAUGGUGUCCUCCGUUUCAUCAUGGAGAGCGGUGCCAAGGGUUGCGAGGUUGUCGUUUCUGGCAAGCUCCGUGCUGCCCGUGCCAAGUCCAUGAAGUUCACUGACGGUUUCAUGAUCCACUCCGGUCAACCCGCCAAAGAAUUCAUUGACAGCGCCACUCGUCACGUCCUCCUCCGUCAAGGUGUCCUCGGUAUCAAGGUUAAGAUCAUGCGCGGCUCCGACCCCGAGGGCAAGUCUGGUCCUCAGAAGAACCUCCCCGACGCCGUCACCAUCAUCGAGCCCAAGGAAGAGCAACCCGUUCUCCAGCCCGUCAGCCAGGACUACGGUGCCAAGGCUCUUGCUGCCCAGCAACUCGCCGAGCAGCAACGAUUGGCAGAGCAGCAGGAGGCUGAAGGACAGGAGGGUGCUCCAGCGGAAUACGCCCAGGAGUAA